AUGUUUCCUCUUCCACAGAUCACACACUACAAGCAGUACCCUCCCAAUGUCAGCAAGGUCUACUCCUACUUUGAGUGCCGCCGCAAGAAGGGGGGCGCCCAGUUCAAUGAGAUCGUGUUUUUUGGCCUUCAGUACCUCCUGAAAAAGUAUCUUUCAGGUAGGUCCACUUUCCACUUGCUUCUUUCAUCUCCAUUCUUUUAGAGUUCCAUUCUUGAGUUUCUUCUUUGUCUCAUUCUAGUCUGUUCUAGGCAAGUCAGUGUUUAGAGGUCACCUCAGCCCACACUGUGUGAUGUGACUCUGCGGUAUGUCACACAGUAAUAUGUUCUAUUUACCACCAGUGUUGUCCUUUGUCACAUAAUGUGCAUGUAUGAACAACUAAGUCACUUGGUGAAGGUUAUGGAAGAACUUUGCAAAACAAACCACAGAUUUCAUACACACAACCUCAAUGGAACAUUUGCAAAUUCAAUCAAAUGGCCACAUCCAUGCAACAUGAAAGCCUAGAUAAAGUACACUACCGGUCAAAAGUUUUAUAACACCUACUCAUUAAAGGGUUUUUCUUUAUUUGUCCUAUUUUCUACAUUGUAGAAUAAUAGUGAAGACAUCAAAACUAUGAAAUAACACAUAUGGAAUCAUGUAGUAACCAAAAAAGUGUUAAACAAAUCAUAAUAUACACUGCUCAAAAAAAUAAAGGGAACACUAAAAUAACACACCCUAGAUCUGAAUGAAUUAAAUAAUCUUAUUAAAUACUUUUUUCUUUACAUAGUUGAAUGUGCUGACAACAAAAUCACACAAAAUGUAUCAAUGGAAAUCAAAUGUAUCAACCCAUGGAGGUCUGGAUUUGGAGUCACACUCAAAAUUAAACUGGAAAACCGCACUACAGGCUGAUCCAACUUUGAUGUAAUGUCCUUAAAACAAGUCAAAAUGAGACUCCGUAGUGUGUGUGGCCUCCACGUGCCUGUAUGACCUCCCUACAAUGCCUGGGCAUGCUCCCGAUGAGGUGGCGGAUGGUCUCCUGAGGGAUCUCCUCCCAGACCUGGACUAAAGCAUCCGCCAACUCCUGGACAGUCUGUGGUGCAACGUGGCGUUGGUGGAUGGAGCGAGACAUGAUGUCCCAGAUGUGCUCAAUUGGAUUCAGGUCUGGGGAACGGGCGGGCCAGUCCAUAGCAUCAAUGCCUUCCUCUUGCAGGAACUGCUGACACACUCCAGCCACAUGAGGACUAGCAUUGUCUUGCAUUAGGAGGAACCCAGGGCCAAACGCACCAGCAUAUGGUCUCACAAGGGGUCUGAGGAUCUCAUCUCGGUACCUAAUGGCAGUCAGGCUACCUCUGGCGAGCACAUGGAGGGCUGUGCGGCCCCCCAAAGAAAUGCCACCCCACACCAUGACUGACCCACCGCCAAACCGGUCAUGCUGGAGGAUGUUGCAGGCAGUAGAACGUUCUCCAAGGCGUCUCCAGACUCUGUCACGUCUGUCACAUGUGCUCAGUGUGAACCUGCUUUCAUCUGUGAAGAGCACAGGGCGCCAGUGGCGAAUUUGCCAAUCUUGGUGUUCUCUGGCAAAUGCCAAACGUCCUGCACGGUGUUGGGCUGUAAGCACAACCCCCACCUGUGGACGUCGGGCCCUCAUACCACCCUCAUGGAGUCUGUUUCUGACCGUUUGAGCAGACACAUGCACAUUUGUGGCCUGCUGGAGGUCAUUUUGCAGGGCUCUGGCAGUGCUCCUCCUGCUCCUCCUUGCACAAAGGCGGAGGUAGCGGUCCUGCUGCUGGGUUGUUGCCCUCCUACGGCCUCCUCCACGUCUCCUGAUGUACUGGCCUGUCUCCUGGUAGCGCCUCCAUGCUCUGGACACUACGCUGACAAACACAGCAAACCUUCUUGCCACAGCUCGCAUUGAUGUGCCAUCCUGGAUGAGCUGCACUACCUGAGCCACUUGUGUGGGUUGUAGACUCCGUCUCAUGCUACCACUAGAGUGAAAGCACCGCCAGCAUUCAAAAGUGACCAAAACAUCAGCCAGGAAGCAUAGGAACUGAGAAGUGGUCUGUGGUCACCACCUGCAGAACCACUCCUUUAUUGGGGGUGUCUUGCUAAUUGCCUAUAAUUUCCACCUGUUGUCUAUUCCAUUUGCACAACAGCAUGUGCAAUGUAUUGUCAAACAGUGUUGCUUCCUAAGUGGACAGUUUGAUUUCACAGAAGUGUGAUUGACUUGGAGUUAUAUUGUGUUGUUUAAGUGUUCCCUUUAUUUUUUUGAGCAGUGUAUUUUAUAUUUGGAUUCUUCAAAUAGCCACCCUUUGCCUUGAUGACAGCUUUGCACACUCUUGGCAUUAUCUCAACCAGCUUCACGAGGUAGUCACCUGGAAUGCCUUUCAAUUAACAGGUGUGCCUUAAGUUUUAAUUUGUGGAAUUUCUUUCCUUCUAAAUGCGUUUGAGCCAAUCAGUUGUGUUGUGACAAGGUAGGGGUGGUAUACAGAAGAUAGCCCUAUUUGGUAAAAGACCAAGUCCAUAUUAUGGCAAGAACAGCUCAAAUAAGUAAAGAGAAAUGACAAUACAUCAUUACUUUAAGACACAAAGGUCAGUCAAUGCGGAAAAUCUCAAGAACUUUGAAAGUUUCUUCAAGUGCAGUCACAAAAACCAUCAAGCGCAAUGAUGAAACUGGCUCUCAUGAGGACUGCCACAGGAAUGGAAGACCCAGAGUUACCUCUGCUGCAGAGGAUAAGUUCAUUAGAGUUAUCAGCCUCAGAAAUUGCAGCCCAAAUAAAUGCUUCACAGAGUUCAAGUAACACACAUCUCAACAUCAACUGUUAAGAGGAGACUGUGUGAAUCAGGCCUUCAUGGUCGAAUUGCUGCAAAGAUACCACUACUAAAGGACACAUAAUAAGAAGAGACUUGCUUGGGCCAAGAAACACGAGCAAUGGACAUUUAGACCAGUGGAAAUUUGUCCUUUGGUCUGCAAUCCAAAUUGGAGAUUUUUGGUUCCAACCGCCGUGUCUUUGAGACGCGGUGUGGGUGUACGGAUGAUCUCUGCAUGUGUAUUUCCCACCGUAAAGCAUGGAGGAGGAGGUGUUAUGGUUGUGGGGGUGCUUUGCUGGUGACACUGUCUGUGAUUUUAUUUAGAAUUCAAGGCACACUUAACCAGCAUGGCUACCACAGCAUUCUGCAGCUAUACGCCAUCCCAUCUGAUUUGGCCUUAGUGGGACUAUCAUUUGUUUUUCAACAGGACAGGCUGUGUAAGGGCUAUUUUACCAAGAAGGAGAGUGAUGGAAUGCUGCAUCAGAUGACCUGGCCUCCACAAUCCCCCGACCUCAACCAAAUUGACAUGGUUUGGGAUGAGUCGGACCGCAGAGUGAUGGAAAAGCAGCCAACAAGUGCUCAGCAUAUGUGGGAACUCCUUCAAGACUGUUGGAAAAGCAUUCCAGGUGAAGCUGGUUGAGAGAAUGCCAAGAGUGUGCAAAGCUGUCCUCAAGGUGAAGGGUGGCUAUUUGAAGAAUCUCAAAUAUAAAAUAUAUUUUGAUUUGUUUAACACUUUUUUUGGUUACUGCAUGAUUCCAUAUGUAUUAUUUCAUAGUUGUCUUCACUAUUAUUCUACAAUGUAGAAAAUAGUAAAAAUAAAGAAAAACCCUUGAAUGAGUAGGUGUUCUAAAACUUUUGAUCGGUAGUGUAUGUUUAAAAAGGACCAACAUCAACUCAUCUAAUUUUAGGGUCACCAGACAUGGCAGUCAGCAGUGUUUGUAUCUGGCCCCAACUGCAGUCAUGUGUGGAAUGUGUGAACAGUGACCUGUCAUCCUGAGCGGACCACUGAGGGUUUUGUUUCUGACUGCUGAGGUCCUCCGCCAGGCUAGGGUUUCACUCCUCUGAUAUCCAAUCAGAGAGUCUCCUCCAGCCAUGCUAGUCAGCCAUGCUCCACCACUGGCUGUCUCUCUCUGUGGUACUUGAUCAGCCACUGACACUCAAUUUUGACUGAAUGAAAGGGAAUUGCAGUCAGUGGGAGGGGACAGAGAUUUUUGCAUUGAUAGCUGAAAUGUUGCUUGUGUGCUUGACAAAAUGUGAGCUAGUGAGUUUUUGGUUUGUUUGUUUGUGUCUGUGUUCAUUUUAGAUUCUUGAAUGACUUUUUCCCAUUGUCUCCCCUAAUCAGGACGAGUCAUCACUGAGGAGAAGAUUCAGGAAGCCAAAGUAUUUUACCAGAUGCACUUUAGACAGACUGUGUUUGAUGAGGAAGGCUGGAGGAAAGUGCUGGAGGUAAGUGGGCUGUCUCAAUCAGACUAGACACACUCUUAUUUUAGCUUUUCAACUAAGACUAUUUUACUGAUGCAGUCUCAACUGUUAGGCUACUGACUGUAAGAUGUUCAUAUGAACACACACACACACCGAGGUUGAUUGUAGAUUUUGAUGCUGUUCCAUCAGAAGUAUGAUGGCCGUCUCCCAAUUCGAAUCAAAGCGGUUCCCGAGGGGAAGAUCAUUCCCAGAGGGAACGUCCUCUUCACAGUGGAAAAUACAGACCCAGAUUUCUUCUGGCUCACCAACUAUAUUGAGGUAAUUCUCUUAAUUUCCCCCUUCAGUAUCCCUUUCAUUGUCAUUUUGUUGUACUUCCUUUCUCUAAUACAGCAUGCGUUUCUUAAACCCUGUGAGUGUGCACACAAAAUACACACACAGACAGAACAACGCCUCUUCCCCCUCAGGAGGCUGAAAAGAUUAGGCAAGGCCCCUCAGAUCCUCAAAGUUUAUACAGCUGCACCAUUGAGAGCAUCUUGACUGGCUGCAUCACCGCUUGGUAUGGCAACUGCUUGGCAUCCGACCGCAAGGCGCUACAGAGGGUAGUACGUAUGGCCCAGUAAAUCAUUGGUGCCGUGCUCCCUUCCAUCCAGGACCUCUAUACCAGGCGUGUCAGAGGAAGGCCCUAAAAAUUGUCAAAGACUCCAGCCACCUAAGUUAUAAACUGUUCUCUCCGCUACCGCAUGGAAAGCGGUACCGAUGCAACAAGUCUGGACCCAACAGGACCCUGAACAGCUUCUACCCCCAAGCCGUAAGACUGCUAAAUAGUUAGUCCGGGGGGCUAUUGGUAACUAUUUUUGCACUAACUCUGCUACUGUUUAUGAUCUAUCCUGUUGCCUAGUCACUUACAGUGCCUUCAGAAAGUAUUCAUACCCCAUGACUUGUUCCACAUUUUGUUGUUACAACCUGAAUUCAAAAUGGAUUCAAUAUAUUUUUUCUCUCACCCAUCUACACACAAUACAUUUACAUUUAAGGCAUUUAGCAGACGCUCUUAUCCAGAGCGACUUACAAAUUGCUGAUACCCCAUAAUCACAAAGUGAAAACAUGUUUUUAGAACAUUUUAGCACAUUUCUUAAAUGAAAUACAGAAAUAUCUCAUUUUAUUUAUUUAAGUAUUCACAACCCUGAGUCAGUACUUUGUAGAAGCAGAUUUGGCACAUCUGCCCAUUUUUAUUAUUUUCAAAAUUCUUCAAGCACUGUCAAACUGGUUGUUGAUCAUUGCUAGACAACCAUUUUCAGGUCUUGCCAUAGAUUUUCAAGUAGUUUUAAUUCAAAACUGUAACUUGGCCACUAGGGAACAUUCACUAUCUUCUUUGUAAGCAACGCCAGUGUAUAUUUGGCCUUGUGUAUUAGGUUAUAGUCCUGCUGAAAGGUGAAUUCAUCUCCCAGGGUCUAGUGGAAAGCAGACUGAACCAGGUUUUCCUCUAGGAUUUUGCCUGUGUUUAGCUCCAUUCUGUUUAUUUUUUAUCCUGGAAAAACUCCUCAGACCUUAAUGAUUUCAAGCAUACCCAUAACAUGAUGCAGCUGCCACUAUGCUUGAAAAAAAUGGAGAUUGGUACUCAGAAAUGUAUUGUAUUUGCCCCAAACAUAUCUACAGUACCUCAAUUACCUCGUAUCCCUGCACAUUGACUCGAUACUUGUACCCUGUGUAUAUAGCCAAGUUAUCUUUACUCAUUGUGUAUUAAAAUGGUCCAAACGCACAGUUGUUAAGGCGCAACAGCGCCUCUUCCCCCUCAGGAGGUUGAAAAAGUUUGGCAUGGGCCCUCAAAUCCUCAAAGUUCUACAGCUGUACCGUUGAGAGCAUUUUGACUGGCUGCAUCUCACUGCCUGGUAUGGCAAUGGCACCGCCCUCGAUCGCAUGGCGCUACAGAGGUUGGUGCAGACAGCCCAGUACAUCACUUGGGCCGAGUUCCCUGCCACCCAGGACAUGUAUAUCAGGCGGUGUGGUAGGUAGUCCCGGAAGAUCAUUAAAUACUCCAACCACCCAAGCCAUAGACUAUUCUCUCUGCUUCCGCACUGCAAGCGGUACCGGUGCAUCAAGUCUGGCACCAACAGGCUCUUGAACAGCUUCUAUCCCCAAGCAAUAAGACUGAUAAAUAGCUACACAGACUAUCGGAGUUAACCUUGUAUCCUCAUGGACCUUUAAAAAAAAAAAAAAUGUUUUUUGUCUCUGCACACAUUCUCACUCAAUCAUCUGCUCACUCACACAUACUGUAACAUGCACAUACAUUUAUACUGACUGUACACUCACGCACACCCACUCACAUACCAGCUGCUGCUACACUGUUUAUCAUAUAUCCUGAUGCCUAGUCACCUUGCCCUAUACAUAUCUACCUCCAUCACGCCAGUAUCCCUGCAUAUAUGGUAUUGGAACUGAACCUGUAUAUAGUAUGCAUACUUACUUUUUGUGUUCUUCAUAUUUAUUCUUAUUUCUCUUUUUUUUGUAUUACAUUGUUAUUGAUUAUUGCAUUGUUGGGUUUUGAGUUUACAAGAAAGGCAUUCCACUGUACUUGUGCAUGUGACAUUAAAACGUAACUUUAUUCCUUGUUAUUUUUCUUCUCUCUGUUUUGUUGGGAAGGGCCUGUAAGUAAGCAUUUCAAUUUUGGUCCACCUGUUGUUUACGAAGCAUGUAACAAAUACAAUUUGAUUUGUAUGUAUGGUGACACCGUCAAGGCGUCAGAGACCAUUGCAAUUCCCCUAAUCAGGUCAAUGAGGAUGAUUCCACCCAGUCACUCUGGCCUUUUUUCUGUUCAGCAGGGGAUAGCUUAGCCUGCCGGCACUGAGCCCAACACCAGCCACAGCUUUUGAUAUCCAGCCCCCACCCAUUUCUACUUCCUUUCCAGCACCAAUGGCACAGACAUGUCCCUUUUUGUAAAGGUUUUAGAAGUAGUCUCUGAACAAAAUCAACUUCUCCAAUCAAAUGGUGUUUUGACGAUCUCUUUCUCUGUGUGUUUUCUCUUUUUCUCUCUCACAGACCAUGCUGGUCCAGAUGUGGUAUCCCAUCAGUGUGGCGACCAUCUCCCGGGAGUUUAAGAAGAUCCUGGCCAAGCACCUGAAGGCCACGUCAGGCAGUCUGGAGGGCCUGGACUUCAAACUGCAUGACUUUGGCUAUAGAGGGGUCUCCUCGCAGGAGGUAAGAACCAUGGCAGGCCCAGCCAGAAGAGGACUGGUCACACCUCUGAGCCUGGUUUCUUCCUAGGUUCCUGCCUUCUUGGGAAUUUUUCCUGGCCACUGUGCUUCUGCAUUGCUUGCUCUUUGGAGUUUUGGGCUGGGUAUCUAUAAAGCACUUUGUUACAACUUCUGAUGUAAAAAAAAUAAAAGGCUUUAUAAAAUAGAUUUGAUGAAGAGCAACAAAGUCUAGCAUUAAAUAUGCAUAUAUAAUGAACAAAAAUAUAAAUGUAAUAUGCAACAUUCUUAAAAAAAAAACUAAAUUACAGUUCAUAUAAGGAAAUCAGUCAAUUGACUGGGAAUACAGAUAUGGAACUGUUAGUCACAGAUACCACAGAGCGUGGAUCAGAAAACCAGUCAGUAUCUGGGGUGACCACCAUUUUCCUCAUGCAGCGUGACACAUCUCCUCAUAGAGCUGAUCAGGCUGUUGAUUGUGGAAUGUUGUCCCACGCCUCUUCAAAGGCUGUGCGAAGUUGCUGGAUAAUGGCGGGAACUGGAACACGCUGUCAUACACGUCGAUCCAGAGCAUACCAAACAUGAUCAAUGGGUGACAUGUCUGGUGAGUGGAAGAACUGGGACAUUUUCAGCUUCCAGUAAUUGUGUACAGAUCCUUACGACAUGGGGGCGUGCAUUAUCAUGCUGAAACAUGAGGUGAUGGCGGCGGAUGAAUGGCACGACAAAGGGCCUCAGGAUCUCGUCAUGGUAUCUCUGUGCAUUCAAAUUGCCAUCCAUAAAACGCAAUUGUGUUAGUUGUCUGUAGUUUAUGCCUGCCCAUACGAUAACCCCACCUCCACCAUGGGGCACUCUGUUCACAACAUUGACGUCAGAAAAACACUCGCCCACAUGACGCCAUACACGUGGUCUGUGGUUGAGGGCGGUUGGACUUACUGCCAAGUUCUCUAAAACGACGUUGGCAGUGGCUUAUGGUAGAUAAAUCAACAUUCAAUUCUCUGGCACUGCAGUCAGCAUGCCAAUUGCACGCUCCCUCAACUUGAGACAUCUGCGGCAUUGUGUUGUGAGACAGAACUGCACAUUUUAGUGGCCUUUUAUUGUCCUCUGCACAAGGUGAACCUGUGUAAUGAUCGUGCUGUUUAAUCAGGUUCUUGAUAUAAGUAUUCAGACCCUUUGCUAUGAGAUUCGAAAUUGAGCUCUGGUGCAUCCUGUUUCCAUUGAUCAUCCUUGAGAUGUUUCUACAACUUGAUUGGAGUCCACCUGUGGUAAAUUCAAUUGAAUGGACAUGAUUUGGAAAGGCACACACCUGUCUAUAUAAGGUCCCACAGUUGACUGUGCGUGUCAGAGCAAAAACCAAGCCAUGAGGAUGAAGGAAUUGUCUGUAGAGCUCCAAGACAGUAUUGUGUCGAGGUACAGAUCUGGGGAAGGGUACCAAAACAUUUCUGCAGCAUUGAAGGUCCCCAAGAACACAGUGGCCUCAAUCAUUCUUAAAUUGAAGACUCUUCCUAGAGCUGGCUGCCCGGCCAAACUGUGCAAUCGGGGGAGAAGGGCCUUGGUCAGGGAGGUGACCAAGAACCCAUUAGUCACUCUGACAGAGCUCUAGAGUUCCUCUGUGGAGAUGGGAGAACAUUCCAGAAGACAACCAUCUCUGCAGCACUCCACCAAUCAGGCCUUUAUGGUAGUGGCCAGACAGAAGCCCCUCCUUAGUAAAAGGCACAUGACAGCCCGCUUGGAGUUUGACAAAAGGCACCUAAAGACUCAGAUGAAACUCUUUGGCCUGAAUGCUAAGCGUCACGUCUGGAGGAAACCUGGCACCAUCCCUACGGUGAAGCAUGGUGGUGGCAGCAUGCUGUGGGGAUGUUUUUCAGCGGCAGGGACUGGGAGACUAGUCAGGAUAGAGGCAAAGAUGAACAGAGAUCCUUGAUGAAAACCUGCUUCAGAGCGCUCAGGACCUCCGACUGGGGCGACGGUUCACCUUCCAACAGGACAAUGACCCUAAGCACACAGCCAAGACAACGCAGGAGUGGUUUCGGGACAAGUCUCUGAAUGUCCUUGAGUGGCCCAGACUUGACCCCGAUCGAACAUCUCUGGAGAGGCCUUGAAAAUAGCUGUGAAGCAACGCUCCCCAUCCAACCUGACAGAGCUUGAGAGGAUCUGCAGAGAAGAAUGGGAGAAACUCCCCAAAUACAGGUGUGUCAAGCUUGUGGCUUCAUACCCAAGAAGAAUCGAUGCUGUAAUCGCUGCCAAAGGUGCUUCAACAAAGUACAGAGUAAAGGGUCUGCAUACUUAUGUAAAUGUAAUAUUUUUGCAAAAAAAAUCUAAAAACCUGUUUUUGCUUUGUCAAAAAUAUAAACGAAACAUGUAAAGUGUUGGUUACAUGAGUUUAUAUAAAAAAUCCUGUAAAUUUUCUAUACGCACAAAAAGCGUAUUUCUCUCAUGUUGUGCACAAAUUUGUUUACAUCCCUGUUAGUGAUCAUGUCUCCUUUGCCAAGAUAAUCCAUCCACCAGACAGGUGUGACAUAUCAAUAAACUGGUUAAACUGCACGAUCAUUACACAGGUCCACCUUGUGCUGGGGACAAUAAAAGGCCACUUUAAAAUGUGCGGUUUUGUCACACAACACCACUGAUGUCUCAAGUUUUGACAGAGCGUGCAGUUGGCAUGCUGACUGCAGGAAUGUACAUGUCCCUACCAUAAGCUGCCUCCAAUGUAGUUUUUUAGAGAAUUUGGCAGAAUGUCCAACCGGCCUCACAACCGCAGACCACGUGGUGUGGGGUGCUGAGGAGUAUUUGUCUGUAAUAAAGCCCUUUUGUGGUGAAAAACUCAUUCUGAUUGGCUGUGGUUGGCUACCCAGUGCGUGGGCCUAUGCCCACCGAUGGCUGAGCCCCUGCCCAGUCGUGAAAUCCAUCGAUUUAAUUUUUUAGAUUUUUUUUUUAUAGGGCCUAAUGAAUUGAAUUGAAUUGACCGAUUUUUAUCCUUAUAUGAACUGUAACUCAGUAAAAUUAUUGAAGUUGUUGCAUGGUGUUUAUAUUUUUGUUCAGUAUAGUUUGAGAUGCCCCUUCCCAAAUUUGGGUAUUUCUUGUAGCAAAUUAUUGCUGACUAUUUUCAUUAGUGUUCAAAGGAGAGCCAGACAGAGCCUGUAGGUCUCACUGGCGCAUCACUGUGACUAUAACCAGAUUGAACAGAGACUGGUCAAAAUGCUGUUCUCAGGGAUGAUGCGUAGGUAACUGGAAAGGGGCUGGGGUUUUAGAGCAGACUUUUUCUUUCAAUUGCACACUUCUGUCUGUGUGACUUGAAACUGAUGAUUCUCCCUCCUCCUUUCUCAGUCUGCGGCAUUAGGCGGGGCAGCCCACCUGGUGAAUUUCUACAGUACAGACACUGUAGCAGGGCUACUGAUGGCCCAGCGAUACUACGGCUGCCCCAUGGCAGGCUUUUCUAUGCCUGCAGCAGAGCAUAGGUAAGACUCCAGUGCACAAACACAUACACACUCACUCACAUAUUCCCUUUCACAAAUUUUACUUUGUGGCUUUUGACUUGUACAGCAAACAUGCAGCCCUAAGUGUAGGGAUAAGGGGUUUUCAGUCGGGCAAGUCUAUUGAAAAUCAGUUCCUUAAAACCAAUCUCAUCUUCUCCUUUUAGUACGAUCAUCUCGUGGGGGCGGAGCAGGGAGAAGGAGGCCUUUGAGAGCCUGCUGGACCAGUUCCCGACCGGGCCGGUGUCAGUGGUCAGUGACAGCUACGACAUCUUCAAGGCUUGUAGACACAUCUGGGGGGACAAGCUGAAGGAGCGCGUGAUAGAGCGGAGCGAAGACUCCUGCCUGAUCAUCCGGCCCGACUCAGGAGACCCCGCAGAGACCCUCAUCGAGGUGGGGGAACACGCACACACCUACCAUCCUUUUGGGAUCCCUCGUAGUCAAGUAUGAUCUCACUCCAAGUGUCACAGGUCUGGGUUGUGGUGUGGAUCUGGCUGGCCAUACACACACACACACGGUACAUGGUUCAUUUCCAGUUUCCAUCCAAGCUCUUCCAAGGUCUACUUCUCUUGACAAGGGGUCUACUGCAAAUGAUGUUUUCUGAAAAGAGCAGUUCGUUUUAAGUUGCUCAUGGCUGUUCUUUAAUGUUUUAUUGAUUCUAAGACAGACUUGUGUUCUUGUUCAGAUUGGAUUUCAGGUUCCAUGUUGUCAGCCUUGGGACCUACAGGCUUGGUGUGCUCUAUACACUUAGCUCUUAUUGAUUCCCUUAGAAAUGUUACUCUGUCUGUGUGGGGGUUUCAGUUGCCUAUUAUUGUCUCUUUGAUUCAAGUUUCAAAGUUUGGAUGCAGUACUUGACUACCUGUUCCCUCCCUAGGUGAUAAAGAUUUUGGAGGAGUGCUUCGGUUGCUCUCUGAACUCUCAAGGCUUCAAGGUGCUGCCAUCUUACCUGCGUAUCAUCCAGGGUGACGGCAUUGAUCUCAACUCAGUGGAUGAGGUAAGAAAAUAACGUACAUACACCACCCACGAACACCCGUCUGGCAUACCUAUAACCCUCUGGAUAUACCCUUAUUGCCUGUACCACAUUGUUUAACUGCUUUCUCUUCCUGUAGAUCCUGGAGAAGUUGAGUGACGAAGGCUGGAGUGCUGAGAAUGUGUUCUUUGGCUGUGGGAGCGCCCUCCUUCAGAAGCUCAACAGAGACACACUCAACUGUGCCUUCAAGUGCAGCUACGUGGAGACCAAUGGGAAGGGGGUAUGUUACUCACUUAUUUACUUACAUACAGUGCCUUCAGAAAGUAUUCAUACCCCUUGACUUAUUCUACAUUUUGUUGUUACAGCCUGAAUUCAUCAUUGAUUAAAUGUUUUUUCUCAUCCAUCUUCACACAGUACCCAUAAUAACAAGGUGAAAACACAUUUUUAGAAAUAUUUGCAAAUUUAUUGAAAAUGAAAUAAAAGUAUCUCAUUUACAUAAGUAUUUACACCCCUGAGUCAAUACAUGUUAGAAUCACCUUUUGCAGCAUCUACAGCUGUGAGUCGUUCUGGGUAAGUAGAGCUUUGCACACCGGGAUUGUAUUUUAACAUUUAUUACAAAAAUUCUUCAAGCUCUUUCAAGUUCAAGUCUUGCCAUACAUUUUCAAGCCAAUUUAAGUCAAAACUGUAACUAGGCCACUGAGGAAUGUCAUCUUGGUAAGCAACUCUAGUGUAUAUUUGGCCUUGUUUUAGGUUAUUCUCCUGCUGGAAGGUCUGUUGGAAGGCAGACUGAACCAGGUUUUCCUCUAGGAUUUUGCCUGUGUUUAGCACUAUUCCAUUUAUUUGUAUUCAAAAAACUCCUUAGUCCUUGCCGAUGACAAGCUUACCCAUAACAUGAUGCAGGCACCACACCACCAUUCUUGAAAAUAUGAAGAGUGGUACUCAGUAAUUUCUUGUGUUGGAUUUGCCCCUAACAUAUUGCUUUGUAUUCAGGACAUAAAGUUCAUUUAUUUAGUGCAGUUUUACUUUAGUGCCUUAUUGGAUGUUUUGGAAUAUAUUUUUUAUAUGUACAGGCUUCCUUCUUUUCAUUCUGUCAAUUAGGUUAGUAUUGUGGAGUAACUAUAAUGUUGUUGAUCAAUCUUCAGUUUUCUCCUAUCACAGCCAUUAAACUCUGUAACUGUUUUAAAGUCACCAUUGGCCUCAUGGUGAAAUCCCUGAGCGGUUUCCUUCCUCUCCAACAACCUGAGCUAGGAAGGACGCCUUUAUCUUUGUAGUGACUGGCUGUAUAGAUGGGUUGGUUGUUUAGCAACAAAACCGACACGUGCUCAACUAUGGGGCAAAACAGACAGUUGGCUUAGAUUGUUGACGUGUAAGCUAUAUUUCGUCUCCAAUGUUUAUUAAAAACAUAUACAUCAUUACAGUUGUUGGUUAGCUAGCUAGUGAAUUUUUGCCAUAUUAGCAUUGACAUGAAAUCAGUCAAAACAAGACAUGGUAUCAAGAACAAGGUGAAACGAGCCACUUACGAUUCCCCACAUGGCAGUUUCUUGUCAUUCUUGCUAGCAAUCUGGCCAUCCAGAAUCACAACAACACGCUGACUUCUGCCCCAUGGAAGCGUGCACAUCGUUUUAGUGAUGUUGCCAGCAAACCCAUCUAUAGAUACACCAUCCAAAGUUUUCACCAUGCUCAAAGGGAUAUUCAAGGUCUGCGUUUUUUUUUUACCCAUCUACCAAUACGUGCCCUUCUUUGCGAAGCAUUGGAAAACCUCCCCAGUAGCGGUGCGUGGGUAAAAUCACUGAGCAAGCCAAGCCAGUAAAACAUCCGUAUUACAACCUAUGUUGUGAUAAUUGCGUUGUUUGCUCUAUAACCUAUUUGUUCAUACGCCACUGUGAAAUACAAUAACGCCGUGACAGCAAAAACACAACAGUCACACAGUGGCGAAAUAAAUUCAACUACACAUACGUGUGUUUCAUCACAAAACCGGUGAGCAAUAUCUGUCCAGGGAAGUCCACAAAGCAAAUAUUGCAUGUAACAAACAGUUAUAUGACCUGCAACAUUGUCAAGUUUCCUAAACAACUACUGAUUUAGAACCACGGAGUUACCACAAGUCAGCACAAAGACAACAGGAGCACUGCCUCCGCUAUUUCGGCACCAUUUCAACUUAAACAUUUAAACAUCAUCAAAUUAACAAGGCUACAGUGGGGAGAACAAGUUUUUGAUACACUGCCGAUUUUGCAGGUUUUCCUACUUACAAAGCAUGUAGAGGUCUGUAAUUUUUAUCAUAGGUACACUUCAACUGUGAGAGACGGAAUCUAAAACAAAAAUCCAGAAAAUCACAUUGUAUGAUUUUUAAGUAAUUAAUUUGCAUUUUUUUGCAUGACAUAAGUAUUUGAUACAUCAGAAAAGCAGAACUUAAUAUUUGGUACAGAAACCUUUGUUUGCAAUUACAGAGAUCAUACGUUUCCUGUAGAUCUUGACCAGGUUUGCACACACUGCAGCAGGGAUUUUGGCCCACUCCUCCAUACAGACCUUCUCCAGAUCCUUCAGGUUUCGGGGCUGUCACUGGGCAAUACGGACUUUCAGUUCCCUACAAAGAUUUUCUAUUGGGUUCAGGUCUGGAGACUGGCUAGGCCACCCCAGGACCUUGAGAUGCUUCUUACGGAGCCACUCCUUAGUUGCCCUGGCUGUGUGUUUCGGGUCGUGGUCAUGCUGGAAGACCCAGCCACGACCCAUCUUCAAUGCUCUUACUGAGGGAAGGAGGUUGUUGGCCAAGAUCUCGCGAUACAUGGCCCCAUCCAUCCUCCCCUCAAUACGGAGCAGUCGUCCUGUCCCCUUUGCAGAAAAGCAUCCCCAAAGAAUGAUGUUUCCACCUCCAUGCUUCACGGUUGGGAUGGUGUUCUUGGGGUUGUACUCAUCCUUCUUCUUCCUCCAAACACGGCGAGUGGAGUUUAGAUCAAUUUCUGUCUCAUCAGACCACAUGACCUUCUCCCAUUCCUCCUCUGGAUCAUCCAGAUGGUCAUUGGCAAACUUCAGACGGGCCUGGACAUGCGCUGGCUUGAGCAGGGGGACCUUGCGUGCGCUGCAGGAUUUUAAUCCAUGACGGCUUAGUGUGUUACUAAUGGUUUUCUUUGAGACUGUGGACCCAGCUCUCUUCAGGUCAUUGACCAGGUCCUGCCGUGUAGUUCUGGGCUGAUCCCUCACCUUCCUCAUGAUCAUUGAUGCCCCACGAGGUGAGAUCUUGUAUGGAGCCCCAGACCGAGGGUGAUUGACCGUCAUCUUGAACUUCUUCCAUUUUCUAAUAAUUGCGCCAACAGUUGUUGCCUUCUCACCAAGCUGCUUGCCUAUUGUCCUGUAGCCCAUCCCAGCCUUGUGCAGGUCUACAAUUGUAUCCCUGAUGUCCUUACACAGCUCUCUGGUCUUGGCCAUUGUGGAGAGGUUGGAGUCUGUUUGAUUGAGUGUUAAUGAGUGGAGAACAGGAGGGCUUCUUAAAGAAAAACUAACAGGUCUGUGAGAGCUGGAAUUCUUACUGGUUGGUAGGUGAUCAAAUACUUAUGUCAUGCAAUAAAAUGCAAAUUAAUUACUUAAAAAUCAUACAAUGUGAUUUUCUGGAUUUUUGUUUUAGAUUCUGUCUCUCACAGUUGAAGUGUACCUAUGAUUAAAAAUUACAGUCCUCUACAUGCUUUGUAAGUAGGAAAACCUGCAAAAUCGGCAGUGUAUCAAAUACUUGUUCUCCCCACUGUAUAUAUGCUUAGUUUAAUACACUGAAAACCAACUUUAAAGAUACCAAAAUCAAUUUAGUCCAAACAAUGUUGCUAAAUAUCGUGUGCGCGCGAAACAUAUUUUUUACUCAACCUACUUGUAGACUAGUUGAACGCCAAUGCCGCCAUCCUCUCUUUCAUGUUGGCAAAACGAUCUAUGCCUCUGUCAUACAGUACGCUUUUAGUUUUUGUUGUCAUAGGCUACCUAGCUAAAAUGUGUUCUAGCCUAACUUCCUUGCAUGGGCAACAAUGAACCAGCUAAGUUAUCUAGCUAGUUAACGUGAGCCUAGAAAGGCUACCCUGGUCUUUGUGGUUGAAUCUGUGUUUGAAAUUCACUGCUCUACUGAGGGACCUUACAGAUAAUUGUAUGUGUGGGGUACAUAGAUGAGGUAGUCAUUCAAAAAUCAUGUUAAACACUUAUUGUACACUGUGUGAGGCCAUGCAACUUAUUAUGUGACUUGUUAAGCACAUUUCUACUCCUGAACUUAUUUAGGCUUGCCAUAACAACAGGGUUGAACUAUGUAUUGACUAAAGACAUUUCAGCUUUUCAUUUUUUAUUAAUUUGUAAACAUUUCUAAAAUCAUAUUUCCACUUUGACAUUAUGGGGUAUUGUGUGGAGGCCAGUGAUGCAAAAUCACAAUUUAAUCCAUUUUAAAUUCGGGCUGUAAAACAACAAAAAUGUGGAAAAGGUCAAGGGGUGUGAACACUGAAGUCACUAAGUGCUGCUGGGAGUUUCUAGUGAUUCAAUGAAGAUGAAAAGCAGCCAUUUUUACCCACUUAGCCUUUCACUGAUAGAAUAUAAAAUGGCAAAAUCUUAAAUGGGUUAUGAGGAAUACCUCCUCUCAUAUUUUGUAGUGAUUGUGGUAUGCUCAAAGGAAACCUGACGUGGGAAUCAGUCUUUAUUUGACAAUGGGCUCAGUCACAAUCGAUUUUCUGUGUUUAUAAACAACCCACACAAAUCAAAGAAUUGAAGUGUUCAGAAGAGUUUGUUUUCCCAGGUGGAUGAGAACAAAGGUGAUUUUAACAUAUUUCCGUCUGGUGUGUUUGUGUUUUGUCUAGAUGGAUGUGUACAAGCAGCCUGUGACCGACCCGUCCAAGGGGUCAAAGAGAGGUCUUCUGUCGCUUAGGAGAAACUCUGAUGGCUUCAUUGAGACGGUAGAGCGAGGGGUGGGCAAGCCAGAGGAGGUGAGGCCUUAAAUAGGGGAAGAUGUUUCACCUGGGAGGAAUAGAGCACACAUGCUCACCUCUGCGUGAUUACUGUGUCAACGGUUAUUCAAGUCUACAUUUUCUAACACACUCUUUCAUAGUCUCAUGUUUUACUGACUCUGGUGUGUCUUUCUCAGGACAUGCUGGUGAUUGUGUUUGAGAAUGGCUCCAUCAUGCAGGAGUACACUCUGGAGGAGAUCCGGAAGAAUGCUCGGCUCCAAGAAGACGACGUCGCCCCCUCCCAACACAACCAGGACGAGCCCAAGAGCCUGGACCUGCACCAGAAACACAUCAUGAACAGGGUGCACUAAAUAACACAACACCCCCACCUGUAAAGCAGUGCACUGACUGUCUGUAAACUGGAGGCAUAUCAUAUAAUGAACUGGGUUUACUCAUUGCAAGAAGUCCCGUGUAGCUCAGUAAGUAGAGCAUGGCGCUUGCAACGCCAGG